AUAUUGCCUGCCAGACUUGUUGGGCAGCUUGAGAGAAAUGCUAAUAGCAUAUUGCUAGAUAUAGGUUUCCCAUUCUUCUGUGGGGAAACUUCAUGGUGAUGGCAUUUGUUUUAAACAGCAAGAUGCUGCUAUCAGCAAUCAUUGGUUAGAGGCUGAACUUUCCCACAAGAGAGUGGGAGAUUUUUUAAUACAGUAUUCACAGGAACGUGCUCCAGAACUCAGCUGUUGUCGUCUUCAUUUAACCUCUUCAGGCAAGAAGCAGCCACUUCAUUAUGGACUCCAUUUCUAGACCAAUUACUGAGUUUUGCCUUGAUCUCUACAAAAAGCUCAACAGAAGUGCAGAGGACACAAAUAUUGUCUUCUCUCCAAUGAGCAUCUCUGCUGCCCUGGCCCUGAUCCAUCUUGGUGCAAAAAACAACACUGCUGCUCAGAUAGAAAAAGUGCUCCAUGUCAGGAAAGCUGCAGGAAGAACGAGUCUUGGACAUGAUCACGAGAGUGCAGCCCCAGAAAUGGAGCCAGCAGCAAGCCUGGAGAGUCAGCCUUCCUUCUCAGAGUGCAACAAGGAGGGAGACCUUAACCAUAAAGUCUUCCAGGAGCUGCUUUUACAACUACAAAACCUUGGUGAAAAAUAUGUUUUAACCUUGGCCAACAAUCUCUUUAUACAACAAGGAUUUGAACUCCACCAGCAAUUUCUGAUGUGUAGCAAAGAACUGUAUGGAGCAAUGCUGCAAACAGUGGACUUUCAUGGUGCUGUUGAAGCUGCCAGAAGAAAAAUUAAUGCUUGGGUUGAAAGUGAGACACAAGGUAAAAUCAAGGAACUCUUUGCACCUGGUGUGAUUGAUGGACACGCACUGCUGGUGCUUGUGAAUGUAAUCUACUUCAAAGCAUCCUGGGAACGCAAAUUUGAGGAAGAAAAAACAGUUCAGAGGGAUUUUAAACUGAAUCAGAACAGAAGGAAACCUGUGCAGAUGAUGUAUCAGAAAGGCAAAUUUAACCUGGGCUACAUUGAGGAGGUGGGUGCUCAGAUCCUUGAACUCCCUUAUGCUCAGAAGUCACUGAGCAUGAUCGUCCUGCUGCCAGGUGAUGCGGCUGAUGGAUCUGUCAGUGGGCUGGAGCAGAUUGAAAGCACAAUCACCUAUGAAAAUUUAAUGCUGUGGGCCUCCUCAGAGAACAUGUUUGAGACAACAGUGGAGGUUUACCUGCCCCGAUUCAAGCUGGAGGGCACCUUUAACCUCAACGAGGUUUUACAAGAGAUGGGGAUGACUGACAUCUUCACUGAAUCAAAAGUUGACCUUUCUGCAAUGACGUUUGCAAAAUCUCUGGUGCUGUCAAACGUUGUCCACAAGGCGUACGUGGAAGUCAAUGAGGAAGGCACCGUGGCGGCGGCUGGCACCGGAGCUUCCAUUGUGAGGAGGUCUCUGCCUCUCACAGAGGUGUUCAUGGCUGAUCAUGCUUUCUUAUUCUUUAUUAGACACAACCCUACCAAUACUAUCAUUUUCCUUGGCAAACUCUGUUCACCUUAAAAUCAGGAUUACUUUCUAACACUGUGAGGAACACCUAGAUGAAAAGCAGAAAUUGUAAUUUUCUCCCAAAUGCUUUCUUAAUCCUUUGACAAUUAGUUUGUACUUCAAAAUAAUCACUGCAGGCAGUUUUGUUUAGAACCUAUAAUUUGAAUGCUCUACCACUAGACUCCUUGAAUUGUAACUAUUGAUCUGAAUCCAGAAUACAAGUAAAGUUUACCUUAAACUCA